AGGUAGCUUAGUGGGUUUAAUGGUUUGACUUUUAUGAGUUAGAGUUGUACAAGGAAGAAUUUGUUCUCUCUUUUUUUCCCUUUUGAGUUGAUGGGUAUUUCUCACUUACUCUUUUUUUUUUUCUGUGGAUCUAGUGAUAAUGGGUAUUUCUUGAAUUUUUGGACAGGAGCGUUAAACUUUUGGAAAGAUCAGAGCUUUUGACGAUAUUGGUCUGGUUCUCAUGGAGAUUUUGAGCUCAUUUUGGUAAAUAAUUGAUCAUUUCUUCUUGGGUUAUGAUUCAGUAGUUGGAUGGUAAAGUUGGGAUUUUUUUCUAGCAAAGUUGUGGAGUUUUUAGAGUUAAGUUAUGGAUUUUAAUUAGAUUGUGUAAAAAUUACUAGUAGUACUAUUAGUUUCUGGAGGACCAAAAUAUUUGUGGGUACUUCUAAGAAUCUUUGAAAAUGGAAGAACAAAUAGUUCAUGGUGAUGGGCUAUUGGUGAAUUUAGCAAAUGAAGUGAAAUUAGAAGAAGAUGAGGAAGAUUUUUGUAGCUGCUGUGAAGAUGAGGAGGAGUUGGAGGAAGCAGCUUUAAAGGAAGUAGAGGAUGAAGUAACAAAGGAGAAGGAAUUAUUAGUAAGUGAAAGUUUUGAGGUAGAUCUUGAUGAACAUUCAAUUAAAUUGUUCUUUAAAGGGAUUUCUAUAGCUGGUCCUGGAGAAUCUGGCUGCAGGAUAUCGGGAAUUGGAGUGGUUAUGGAGAGAGCAGAAAGUGUUCCUCCUAUUCAAAUCCAGAAAAAGCUUGAUUUCUAUGUGGAAGAAUUUGUGGCAGAUUAUUUGGCUUUGAUGGAUGGAUUGUUGGAAGCUGUGAAGAACAAGAUUAGAAAAGUUUAUGCCUUUACUGACUCUGAGAUAUUAUAUCAGCAGAUUAUGCAUGAAGAGAGCCUUGAUAAUCCGCUUCUCAUGGCAUUGCGGCAAAGGAUUCUGGAUCAUGCUGAUGUUCUGGAGGCUUUUGUUCUGAAGCUUGUUCCAAGUACUGGUCUGGCAAAGGCGUUGGACUUGGCGAAAGUAGCAAUAGGGGUUGUCUCUUCCCAUCUCGAAGGACAUGAAUCAAUUGAGAAUUGUCCAAUAUGCUGCGAGGAUAGACUGUUACUGAUGAUGAGCACAUUAAAAUGUACCCACAAAUUCUGUUCUCAUUGCAUGAGAACUUAUGUUGAGGGUAAAGUCCAAUCUGGUCAAGUCCCCAUUAGGUGCCCUCAGCUAAAAUGCAAGUACUUAAUCUCUGCCACUGAAUGUAUAUCUUUUCUCCCUCUUAACUCCUAUGAAUCUUUGGUGAGAGCCCUUGAGGAAGCUAAUGCUCUCAACACGGACAAACUUUACUGCCCCUAUCCAAAUUGUUCUGUUCUUUUGGAUCCUCAUGAAUGUUUGUCAACUCGGGCUAGUUCAUCAAGCCAGUCAGAGGAUAGUUGUGUGGAAUGCCCAGUUUGUCAGAGGUUCAUGUGUGUUGAUUGUAGGGUUCCGUGGCAUUCUUCAAUGACAUGUGAAGUCUACCAAAAUCUCCCUUUGGAGGAGAGGGAAGCUGGUGACAUAACUUUGCAUCGCCUGGCACAGAAUAAAAGAUGGAGGCGCUGUUCACAGUGCCGGAGGAUGAUUGAGCUCGCACAUGGAUGCUAUCAUAUGACAUGCUGGUGUGGGCAUGAGUUCUGUUAUUCUUGUGGUGCGGAAUACAGGGACAGCCAACAGACUUGUCAAUGUGCAUUCUGGGAUGAGGAUUAUACUCAAGAUUUGGCAACUCAACCGACGCAGCAGUUUGAGCAAUGGGCGUGGGACUCAUUCGAGUCGCUGCCUAUGAUGAUGGAUGCAUAUUCAGAUGAAGAGAGAUCUCAGCUGGCUUUGAUCCAGAGAUUUCUUGCUGGUGGAUUCAGUCUAACGGACCACCAAGCUUACCAAUCCCCGCCACGUUGUACAGAUUCUUAUGUUGAUGCCAUGAAGGAUCUCCAUCAGCUUCCUUGGCUCGAACGAUUUGUGUCUGUGAUUAGCGACAAUUACUACGAAGAACAUAUCCAGUGAAGUAUAGAAAUUUGAAACCAUUUAGCAUUUGAAAAACACUUUCAUAUGGGAGGUAAAUGUGUAUCUCACUCUCAAGACUCCUUGAUAGUUUAAGCAAAUAGGCCCUGCAUAAUGUCCUCUUUCAUUUGUUCACCUGCUAAAAGAGCCGUUUGGCCUUUUUAAUGAUGUAUGGGAAGUUAUAAGAAGCUUCCUCUUAAAAGAACACUGAUGAGCAUAACAACAUAAAUCGAAGGAGACAUUCAUACAAAAAAUGAAUUGCACGGGAACUGAUUCUUGUCUGCUUAA